GCUCAGGCCGGUUCAGAUGGGAGCUGUCAGCCCAGACCUUGAAGCCUCCCAGCUUGUCCAGUCUCUUCCAGAGGCGAUCUUGGAGCUGGGAGCUUAGAGGCUUAGCUCCACCUUUUGGAAAAGAAAACCUUCCUGGUUUUUGCUGGAAAAGCUUGCCAGUGGCUUCCAAGGCUGAGCCAGGGCAGGAGUGCCAAAGCAGGCAGAGCUGGUCCUCCUUACUCUCCUGAUCCUUUCUCUUUUUCCUCCUUCCUGGGGCUGGGGAGAAAAGAGAAGAAGAAGGGGAAAAGAGGAGGAGAGAGGAAGACCUGCAGCUUCAGCUGGAGAAGGAGUCUGUGCGCAAAAGGAAAGCAACGGAUCAGCAAGGACUGUGCGCUUCAGGGAAGAGACUGAUGGGGUGAUGCUGGGGCUUGGGGUUCUGGGUUUGACAUGCAGAGGCUGGCAUUCCUGAGCCUGGCAUCCAGGGGUCCAGGGGUGCUGGAGUCCCAGGUUCAAGCGAGGCGCGGGUGCUGAAAUGGACAGCUCCUCCUGGCCCGCCUGGCCACUCAACAGCUCCGGCAGCCCCGAGAAGCCCUCCGGAGGAGGAGGAGGAGGAGGAGAGCAGCUCUUGGGCAGGUUCUCCACCAUGUCGGCCAUCCUCUUGACCGCCCUCAUGGCCCUCCUGAUCGUGGCCACCGUGGUGGGCAAUGCCUUGGUGAUGCUGGCUUUCGUGGUGGACUCCAGCCUCAGGACGCAGAACAACUACUUCCUUCUUAACUUGGCCAUCUCUGAUUUCCUAGUAGGUGCCUUUUGUAUUCCAUUAUACGUACCCUAUGUACUGACUGGGAGAUGGACCUUUGGAAGAAGCUUUUGCAAGCUCUGGCUGGUGGUUGAUUAUCUGCUGUGCACCACUUCUGUCUUCAACAUUGUGCUGAUUAGCUAUGACAGAUUCCUCUCUGUGACAAGAGCGGUAUCAUAUAGAGCACAACAAGGGGACACCAAGCAAGCUCUCUUCAAGAUGUUGAUGGUUUGGGUCUUGGCCUUCCUGCUAUAUGGACCUGCAAUUAUCAGCUGGGAAUACAUAUCUGGUAGAAGCAUUAUACCUGAUGGGGAAUGUUAUGCUGAAUUUUUCUACAACUGGUAUUUUCUUAUCACAGCUUCCACAAUUGAGUUUUUCACGCCCUUCAUCAGUGUGACAUUUUUCAACUUGAGCAUUUACCUGAACAUCCAGAAACGCACCAAAGUCCGCUUAGAUGUACUUAAUGAGACCCAAAGCCAGAACUUCAUGGAAGAGAUAGAAAUGAGCCAAGAGGUCCAGAUUUCCAUGAAAUGUUGCAAAUGGGAGCAAAGAGACCCAGAGCAAACCCUUGGUGUUCCAAAGUGGAAUGAGCAAGAAGAAAGCAUAAAAGAGAGUACAAAUGUGAAAUAUUCACAGGACUCUAACACAGAAAGUUCAAAGUCUCCCAAUAACAAGGCAAAACCCUCAAGCAAAAAGAAUUAUAAAGACUCAGCAUCCACUCACUCAUUAGAGAAACGGAUGAAGGUGGCCUCCCAGAACAUGUCUCAGCGGUUUAGGCUCAAAAGGGACAAAAAAGUAGCCAAAUCACUGGCAGUCAUUGUGGGCAUUUUUGGUCUCUGCUGGGCACCGUACACCCUUCUCAUGAUUAUCCGAGCUGCUUGUCAUGGUCACUGCAUCCCUGAAUACUGGUAUGAGACUUCUUUUUGGCUCCUGUGGGUCAAUUCAGCCAUCAACCCCAUCCUUUACCCACUCUGUCACUACAGCUUCAGGAGAGCUUUUGUUAAACUCUUGUGCCCCAAGAAAUUAAAGAUCCAGCCUCACAACUCUCUCCAGAAAUGCUGGAAAUGACCUUUUUCAAUCCAUUGUAGGCUAAGAAGGACAUGUUAUCUUGAGUUGUUCAAAGGUAGUUUGCUCCUUUUGAAAGGCAUGAUAACAGAGCUGUCAGGAACUGUGGGUGUAAGUCUCAUACUGUCCAAUGGGACACUGCUACAUGAUAAAAAGCCAUUUUCAGCUGAGUUUGGGCAGAUCUACUGCUUAAAUCUGAGCUCUCCAUCCACACAACCUUAUGAAGAGAGCCUUUUAUCAGAAGCAAAGCAUUAUUCAAAAUUGGCCAUUCCCCAAAAACUAAUUUCAUUGAAUUCAAGGGGACUGAAGUUAAUCUCUACUCAUUUAAGCCGCAGUGAUUUUAGUGGGGCUCCACUAAGAAUGACUAAUUUUGGAUCAAGAAGGGAAGGCAAAAUUUAGGGCUGGCCCAAGUCAUUUUCCUGCCUGAGGGACAAGGGACAUAAGAGCAUAACACUUCCCUCUUUAACUCUUUUGUUGCUUCUUUUAAAGUUGCUUUUUUUCUGCCUAGAGACAGAACCAGCCUUAUUAUUAGCUGUGGUUUAUGUAAAGUCUUUUCUAGCCUUCUUACCUGAGCUUUGUUAACCACUAUGGCCUCUAUACACCUUCCACAAUCCACAAGAGGAUUCCUCAAGAAGUCCUGGGGUUAGAUGGGGAGUGGGGCUAAAGUAGGAGUCUCAGACUGGCACUCAGAUAGCCAACCUUAAUACUUGAUUCACAAUAGCUUUAUGUCUUUCAUUUCAUUUCCACUUUAGCAACAAUUUCCCAAAAUUCUAGGUUGCAAAAAUGGAAAUACUGCCAUAACUUGCCUCUUCCCUCCCUAACACAUUCCCCACGGUGGCUGUUGGCUCCUAGAUCAGUGAAUCCAUUCUGGUCUUUAUCUGGACCUUAAAGGAGCUACAUGUAGUGGUGAGGCUAUUCUUGGGAUAGAAUCCAGCACCUUUGAUAGCCACUUUAAGAUUAGGCUAAAAUCUAGAACACAUUUGCUAUUGCUUCCCCAUUAGAGACACCCCCUGCCCUCCCCUCUACUCACAUGAACAUGUUUGGAGUAGCCAUGACUAACCACAACUCCUGCAGGCAAGUUGACAACAGUUUUUCCCCUCAUCAUGAAUAAUACAAAUAACUCAUAGAAAAUUCCAUGGGCAGCUAAAAUCAAUUUCAGAGCAGAGGAGGAGAAAAUAACAAAAUGGCUUGCAAACCAAAUCCACACCAUUAUUUAUUUAUUAUUCAUUCAUUUUAGGAAUUAUUUGCUGUGCUUCUCCAACACAUUUGAUCAAUUCUUUUGAGAGUUUGUUGUUGUUGUUGUUGUUGUUAAAAUGGAUGUGUUCAUAUGUGCCUUCAAGUCACCCAUCAGCUUAU